CUGUAAGAAUCACACGUGGUGAGUAGUCUCUUGUUGAACUUUUUGUGUUGAGUGAGGGGCAAAUGUCGGUUAUAUCAGCAAUUACCUCACCGUUAUCGUCAGUGUCUGACUUCUUUUAUCACUGCACUUCAUUUAUCUCGCUCUUUAUCCAGUCCAUGUAAAUCGUUUCGUUGAAAACACAAAACAGCUGAUAUUCACCACCAAAAGACAUCAGCUCCUCCAAAAUGGCGAACCAAGAACAGGCAUCUGCUCAAAGCGAUGACCCGGUGCAUUGCGCCUUCUUCUACGGAACACUCAUGGUCCCCGAAGUCUUCAACACAGUCUGCUACAACAACAAAACCGUGCCCGACAUCAUCGCCCGCCAGCACAAGUUCACACCCGCCAUCCUUCACGGCUACAUCCGCCGCCGCGUCAAGUUCGCUGACUACCCCGGUAUCACCGAAGACGCCGAGCAUACCGUGUUUGGUAUGUUCGCGGAGGGUUUGACCAAGGCAAACCUGGACAAGCUGGAUUACUUUGAGGGAGCCGAGUAUGAGCGCCGGACGGUGAAAGUGAAGCUGCUAGAAAAGGUGGGCGACGUGCAUGGUGAGGGCAACGUCGAAGGAGAGGAGAAGGAGGCGCAGGUUUACGUGUUCCUGCUCGAGCAACAUCUGGAGCAGAAGGAGUGGGAUUUUGAGGAGUUUAAGAGGGAUAAGCUGAAGUUGUGGACGAGGGGCGAUCAUAUCUUUGCAGACUGCGAUCCUGAUAAACCCGCUACGGUAGCUGCUGCCGUGUGAGUUCUUUCGACGAUUUCAAGAGGCUAGAGAUAUAUGGGGAGGGAACAUCCCGAUCCAUUACCCAUCAGUUAGAGAUACUAUUGAAACGCAAUCUCGAGAACGUAUUAUUGCAGAUUGGUUUGAAGACCUGACGCUGUUUUGGGUAUCAAAAACGAUGUCUAACAAUUCAAAGAAAACCAGGAAAUGAACCCCCCCCCCCCCACAAACAAAAAGAAAAA